AAUUUGUAAUUUACUGGGAGAGAUAGAUCACAUUUGUUUGUUUUUUUAGAGGUAGGCCGAAGCAAUUUAAUACAAGAACAAACUAUCGAAAUUGUGCUCGUUGAAAAAACCUGGCUAAUACAGAUGAUUGUUUGGGUUGUGUGCAGGAUAAAGGAACACCGUGUGUUGUCGACCGAGGCUUUGGUUGGCGAAGCAGUAGAUUCUAGUACAGAAAAUACUACUGUAGGCAACACUUUUUUUCCAUUUUGAAAGUUAUUUUUUCCAUUAUAUAACAAAAUGGGGAGCAAGAAACACAAGAAGCAUAAGUCCGACAACAAGCCCAGCAUCGACCAAGACGAUGGCUCUCAAGAAAAACCUCUGAAACUAGUUCUGAAUUUGAAAGUAGGAGGUGGAUCAAGUCAAGAAUCUCUGCCAGAUGCAGCUGGUUCCCCACAAACUGAGGAGCGGAGACAUAAACACAAGAAAAAGAAGAAAAAGAAAUCAAGCGACAAGGAUAGAGAGAGGAGCAAAUAUGCUGAAGAAAGUUCAUCACUGAAGCGACCACAUGAAGAUAAUGAAAGUGGAGAUGAUGACGAAGAAGAAGUUGAAAAAGAAGAAACAUCACAUCAAUAUAAUGAGAUGGAAGAGGAUUCCGAUGGCAACUCAUCACCAAGCAGAAAAUUUCGGGAGCCUCGAAUGUGCACCAUUCGAGACAAUGAUGGGGCCAUAUUGAAACAAAUGUUGAAUUAUCUUCUUAAAAAUUUGCAGAACAAAGAUGUGAAUGGUUUCUUUGCCUUUCCUGUGACAGACAGCAUAGCUCCGGGCUACUCAAGUAUCAUCCUAUGCCCCAUGGACUUCAGCACUAUGGCUGCUAAAAUUGAGGCUGCUGAGUACUUUAAUGUCAUGGAGUUUAAGAAAGACUUCAUUCUGAUGUGCAACAAUGCCAUGACAUACAAUCGACCAGAUACGAUAUACUACAAGGAAGCAAAAAGAUUGCUUCAUCUGGGAAUCAAGCAGCUAAGCAAGGAAAAAUUGUUGUAUCUGAAGAAGACUCAGAGCUUUUUGACCAGUAUCACUUUACAAGAGCUGGGUUUUGAUGAAAGCGGUCACAUUAUGGAACCCAGUUCCGUUCCACCAGUGGAAGAAGCCAAGGACAAGCUGAAAGAUGAACCCAGUUUGGAAGUGGAUCCCAGCAAAAUGGACAGCAUGGUUGAGGAGGAGAUGUCUCCAGAGGAGAUCCUGGCCCAGGCUCAGGAGGCAGCGCAGAAAGCCAAGCACGCUCUCACCACCCGCAGGCCCAAGACUGAUUUAGGAUUUCUUCGCCAAGAAGAGGAUGGUACAACAUCAAUGACUAUUUUGAAUCCAUGGAAUGAUGGAACAGUGAGUUCCACUCAGAAAGUAAUUAGUCUUGGAGAUUACAUGGGCAAACUGAAAAAUGGCUCAGGAACUCUGUUCAAGUUUAAAGAAGACAAGAGGAACAAAGUUUGUCCAGAGACAUACCUCUGCUAUGGUCCAUUCAGCUCUCAUGCCCCAGCCUAUGAUUCCUCCUUUGCCUCAUGCACCAAAGAGGAAUCUGACUUACUGCUUGGUACAUAUGGUGGGGAAACAGGUGUGCAGUACGCGAAAAGUGUUCAGAAGUUUGUGGAGAAUGCUGGAAUCAGUGCUGUGGAAAUGGUGGACAAGUUGUUGGAUACGCUGACCAAUGGUCAACACUCUAAGGCUCGACUGCGUCAGGAGGAACAAAAAAGACGAGAGGAAGAAUUGGCCGAGAAAGCUCUUCAAGAUGAAAUGAUAGCAAAAGCACAAAAGGCUGCGGAGGAAGCAGAACGUGCUGCAGCUCCAAAAGACCCUGUGCAGCACAAGCUCAAUGAAACGGCAGCCAUCUUGUCUGAACUGUCACAGACGCAGAAGGAGCGGCUGAGUCAAGACCCUCCUCCUCACCUCGGCUUUAUCGCACAACCCUCCGACAAAGAAGCAGAUCUUGCCAAUAAAGUCACAGACAACUUGGUGACUAUGGCCAAGCAGGUGUACCCCGGGGAUGUGGUCAGCACUGGUGCGGUGCGCAGUGCUAUGGGCAUCACUAACUAUACUACGAGUGGUCCAAACCAAGUUGGUGCCAGGGCUCAAGCUAGCAGCCUUUCAGGAUCGGCUCAGAACUCCAAGACAUCAGACAGGCAGAAGUCGGCAACAGUUGUAGACGACUCUGAUGAUGACAGUGGGGAUGAGGAUGAUGAUGACGACGACGACGACGACGACGAUGAUGCUGACGAUGAUGAUGAUGAUGAUGAUGCUAGUGAUGGGGAGGGGGAGAGUGGGAACGAUGGGAUGGACAGUGUGGAUGAUUCAGCUGAUGGUGCUGGGGCGAGCGGCGGUGGUGAGGCAGGGGACACAUCAGGGCUUGGUAUGGAAGUUGUCUGAGUAGAGGCGGCUGUCCCCAGUGUGUGCCUAAUGAGAGUCGGGUGGGAAGUCAUAGUCAAGGUGUCGCAAGUGGUUGGGAUCCAUGUAAUAAAAAAGUACCAUUUUCCUUUUAGAAACAUUGAGAUGUUUAAUUUGACCUACCCACAGAGCUGUUUCUGAGAAUGAAAGUAUUUCAUUAAAAAAACAAAAAAACAAUCUUACUUUUUGAAGAUUCUUGUUGCUUGCUCGGGUUGAACAACAGCCUUCUAUCUUGUGAAUGGAGACUUAAAGUUCUUCAAAUUUUUAUGAACAGAUGAAGUUCAAGACGUGUUACUACUUUUAGAUAUGCUUGGCUUGCAUGUGACACCAAUGUAAAUAAUGUUAUUCUAUUAUUUUUCAUUCAUCUCCCUCUCAUUUCCCUCUGACUAUUCAGCUGUUUAUGUUUUAAAUGUUGUUUAUAAUGUUGUAAAUCAUACAAUAGUCUUUUUUUUUUUUUUUUAAAUGGAAGAUGUAAUUGACCAAAUGAAUAAAACAACAAACCAACAUGUGA